AGUGUCGCGUUUGGUUUACCAUUUUUACGGUUGCAUCAAAAGGCUCCGUUGAGGUACUUGAAUACCGAAGUUAGGACCGUUUCCGCAAAAUUGGAAAUGACCAGGAACACACCUGAGAGGAGAAGAUCCUCACCUACAGGUUGCCGGGUGGGCCGCUCGGACAGACACAGAGAUGAAGACGAAAAAAGGAGGCGAAGGAGAGAGGAGGAGGAGGACAGGCGCAGGGACCAGCGCAAUCAUAGGCAUCGCAGGAGCCGUAGUCGUAGCCGCAGCCAGGAGCGCAGGAGACGCUACCAGGGCUCCAGUAGGGGACCCAGGAGGAGGAGGUCGAGGAGCAGGAGCAGGCGAAGUUCAUCCCCAGAGAGGAGGCGGUCGCCGGAGAAGGAGAGGGGUGCAGGAAAUAGCGCAAAAUCGAAGUCCAACCCUGGAAAUAAUGCGCUUCAGGUGGCUGCAGCCCGGGCGGCUGCCUUGAAGGCAGGCGGAGGAGGCUCAGGGGGCGUGACGCCGCAGCAGCUGAUCCAGCAGUCACUGGUGGCAGCGAAUGAGCAAGCCAAGGCCAUGACAGGCAUUGGAUUGCCCAGCUACUACAACCCCUCGGCGGUGAAUCCGCUCAAGUAUGCGGAGCAGAUGCAGAAGCGAAAGCUGCUGUGGCAGAACAAGACAGCUCAAGUGCCAGAAGAGAAGAAACCCGCACCGACCUGCGCCCAGGUAUGGGAAAAGAUGACGUUCACGCAGGACGAUGACGGCAAGAUGACCGCAAAGUUCCGUAAACUGAUGGGGAUCAAAGGGGAUGCUCCGCAGACUUCGGGCAGCUCUACCGAGAGCAGCAAGGACGAUAAGUUAGACCCCCUUCUCAGCAAGCAGGAGAAGAUCUUUCGAGACCUGGACCAACAGUACGAGAUGGCCCGAAUUUCGACCCACACGCAGAGGGGCGUUGGACUGGGUUACAGUUCGCAGAUGGCUGCAAUGUAUUCUCAGUUUCCCGUGACAAAGUGAUCGGGCAACGCGUCCGAGCGUGUGUACAUAUGUACAGAGAAGAUUCUUUUGGUGGUGUCAAAUACGUGAAAAAAUCGGUGUAUGCAUUUGUCAGUUUCUGCCCCGGUUUCUCGAAGCAGGAACAACAAAAAUGGGUUGUCUCUGCGGUGGAGAUUUCGUACUCUUCUUUGUGUGAUUUUGCGUGCCUGGGAAGGGCAGGAGAGUUUAAAGCUGACGUGGGGGGGCACUGCGUAAAGUAACCAUGUGAUAGUUGUAAUCACGUGUGAACACAAUGUUGACAUGUUUUCAGAUGAGAAUUUCCCAUGUCGGUGCUGUAUAUCAGCUAGCAGUGCAAGAAGUUGCAUUUGCACAAAAAACAACAAAUCGCUUACAGUGUACAAUAUUAAAUGCAUUAGGAUUCUAUAACAUAAGUGUAAGGAAGCAAUGGGCUUUGCAUGGGAAGUCCAAAUGCCGCAUGCACAUUAAUACAUGUUGAGGAAAAAAAGAAUGACUAGUUAAAAUGUUUUAGAGUGUUAGCCUAAAAGAGUAUUUGAUGAGGAUCUGAAAGAGUUAACGUAACAUUAUUUGCACACCAUUAUCAUCAACAUCUCCUAUCCAUUUAGUCUUAUCUGACUCUCGUCACUCCAUAGAUCAGUAUAGCUUGACCAAAGUAUGACUGUCUUUGUUUGCUGGUCCGGAGUACCAGCGAUAUAUCCGGUUUGACUCCUACACUUUGUCUCCUACACCAGAACUGGUGUUCCCAACGAAACCGUUCUUUCUGCUAUGUUUUGCAGUACCUAACUCUGCUUUAGUGGCUGUCCUUAUUUGGCUGGCAGCGUGCAUUACAUUUGCCAGACGCUUUUGCAGACCCUUCAAUAUGGGUGUAUCUUGUAUUGGGAACGAACUGUGCAGUGUGUUCAUUAUAGCAAUCAGAAAUUUCAUAAGCCAUGCAUAUUCAACUGCCAUGUUUACGUUUGGGGACACCGCAUUUCUCAAUUAGAACGAUGUGAUUGUCAUUAGCUUUUCGUGAUAAGCUCCACAGACAUGUUCGAAGCCAUUUUGAACAUGUGUGUCACGUGCAUUUCUUCAUGCAGAAGAGAACAGAAUGCAAGGUGGUGAGAGAGAGAGAGAGACAUUUCAUGAGAUAUGCCUCCUGACCAACUUGCUCAAAUCAGAUAGCUGGCACGAGCACUGCCCCGGUCACAUGCGACGGGGCUAUACAGAAAUGUAGUGUUGUAAACGUCUUUGUGUCUACAUUCGCUGCACCCACUAUUGAACUGCACCUGCAAAUGUUUGUUUUGCAACGUCUUCCUUUUAAGUGUUUUCUAAUAUUAAAAUGGGGCAUCGUCAUUGCAUAACAGUCACUUGUGUCGAUGACGUGUUUCAGACUGCGAUAAUGCUGGGUUUCACAUGACAUGACGUGUUCCAGUGUCUUAGUCUGGCAUUGGCGUAGUGGGCUGGUUCGCCGGGAUUCAACAGUGUGGCGCCAGAACUACCACAGGGACAGGGAUGUCCACUAAAUUGCAAUACUCGUCACUUUGGAAUUGCACACACACACACAAGAAAACUUCGUGCUGGUGUACCAUUGAAAAUUACAAACUAAAAAUCGGAGGUGUGCCUUGCAUUACGCUUGAGAGCAUAACGAUAAGUUGCUUUCAUAGUCAUAAUCUCUGUCUUUAUCGUAAUCAACAGUUUUUGGUCGUGUGCUUUCCUCUCAAACGAUAGCCUCUGUACAUUCUGAUGAAACUCGUGACUCAUUUACGAAUAGGCACUUAUCGCGGUUACACAGGAUGUACAAAUAUGCAUUAAGAAGGUAUAGUUCGACAAGACAUGUAGUUUGUGCAUGGAUACCAAAUCAGGUGGAAUGUUGUUCGGGGCAUUACGUUCAUCCCAAGCCUUUUUAUUUAUUUUGUUUUGUAGGUGUCUUGGUUCAUUGACUGAUCGAUUCGGAAAAGUAGACCGCUAGGACAUUAGGUAUGCAUAACGCCAAUGGCAUUACUUGAAAUAAUUUUCGCAUUAUUCACACGUCAUAUUUUCUCUGAUGAAAUGCAUGUGGUCUUGACUCAAAAGAAUGUUGCAGUCCACAUUGCAAGAUAAAGUUAAACCUUUCUGUGGCUGAUGUGAUGGCAGGUGUGUUGAGUUUAACAAACGUCAUGUUUUAUCUUAGUACUCGGUACUUAAAAGUAUGGAGCUCGUGGGAUGUUUUUUUUUUUUUUUUUUUUUUUUGUAAAUAUGGUUAUGCACUUGGGAGAUACCUAAGCAUUUGUGUGCGACAAACAUAGCUUGAUGGUCCUUAUCAGUUUGUGAGGUGCCUCCUGUAGGAAUGGAGCAUCAGCAGAGUGCAGAAUGCUUUCAUUUUUUGUAAUAAAUACACUGUGGCAAACA